GAAAUCGUCAACAUCUACCCAUCAAUCAACCCCCCGACCCUGACGGCACACCAGUCCAACAGAGUGUGUAACGCCCUCGCGCUCCUUCAGUGCGUUGCCUCUUAUCCCGAGACAAGGUCAGCUUUCCUGGCUGCGCACAUCCCCCUCUUCCUCUACCCGUUCUUACACACGGUGAGCAAAACGCGGCCGUUCGAGUACCUCCGCCUCACCAGCUUAGGAGUCAUAGGCGCUUUGGUGAAAACAGAUGAGCAGGAAGUUAUCAACUUCCUGUUGACCACAGAGAUCAUUCCCCUGUGCCUUCGCAUCAUGGAGUCCGGCAGCGAGCUCUCCAAAACGGUUGCAACCUUCAUCCUACAGAAGAUCCUCCUGGAUGACACGGGGCUUGCGUACAUAUGUCAAACAUAUGAACGCUUCUCCCAUGUUGCUAUGAUUCUCGGCAAAAUGGUCCUGCAGCUCUCCAAAGAGCCGUCAGCACGCCUACUGAAGCACGUGGUGCGCUGCUACUUACGCCUAUCGGACAACUCCAGAGCCAGAGAAGCUCUGCGUCAGUGCCUACCCGACCAGCUCAAAGACACCACGUUCGCCCAGGUCCUGAAGGACGACACCACCACCAAGCGCUGGCUGGCCCAGCUGGUAAAGAACCUGCAAGAGGGUCAUGUCACAGACCCCCGGGGCAUCCCUCUCCCUCCACAGUGACUGCGCACACUUCUUUUCCACAACACCAGCAAACAACUGCCUGACGGACGAGGCCUGAACCACGUUUUUAUCAAAGACGCUGAAAUUAACAAGCCUCAUAACACUUUGCAAGGAAAUAACUUGAGCUGCUACAGUCGUUUCCAUGAACCCACAGACGUUUUGCUCGCCGUGUGUUUUACAACUGAUUUACAAAUCUACAAUAAAUUGUUGCUCAGA